UUAUGUCGUCUAACAUGCGGAAGUAAACAGAAAAAUGAGAACGCAAGUCCAAUUACCAGCACAGAGUUGGCGAAGUUUUAGCAAGGAAAAAGUAUCUCAAUUUUAUUUCAACAAUGUCUUCAGUCCAAAGUAUGAGACAGUUUGUCUGUGACCGACUAACUGCGGCUGCUCAAGAAAUAUUGGGAGCAUUUGAAAAGAAAAUAGAAGAUUACGAUGCAGAAAUCGCUCGUCAACGCAGACUGUUGGAGUCCGUUUUAACGCCUGAGACAAAGUUACACCAGACAGAGCUCACACAGACGUCUGUCCAUAAGGAGAAGGAGGUUCUCCUGAACCAGGAACAGCACUGUAACCAGGAAACAAGCUCCAGUUUGGUCCCACCAGAUUCUCCACAGAUUAAAGAGGAACAUGAGGAAUUGUACGUCAGUCAGGAACGACCACAGCUUGCACAGCAAAAGGAGGCUCCAACUUGUGAGGGAAGUGUCCGCAGUGAUCAAUCUCAGCCUUCGGACCCUGACCAGACUCAGAGUGCAGCAAAUAAAGAUCCUCAAUCCAGCAUCUCAGACAAAGAUAUAUUACCCAGAUGUGAUGGGGAGAGUUCUGCCGUAUCGGCACCAAACAGUGACCACCAGCUCGGCUCUCUCAGCUCUUGUAUAGCUGAGAGCCAAGAUCACAUAACUUGUAACCAUGAGAGUGCAACACCAACUAGACAUAUUGAGUCAACACCAAAUAAGAAAAGCAAUGAUGAGAACACAACAUCAGCUGCAAGUACUGAGCCAACACCCAACCAGAAAUGUAACGAUAAGACGACAACAUCAAAUAGAGGCACAGAGCUAACAGGAAAUGAGAAACCUAAUGAUGAGAACCCAACAUCAAAAGGAAAUAGUAAGUCAGCACCAAACAAGAAAAGCAAUGAUGAGAACACAACAUCAGCUACAAGUACUGAACAAACAUCUGAUGAGAAAAGCAACAACGGAAACACAACAUCAAAAGCAAAUAGUGAGGUAACACAAAAUAAGAAAAGCAACGAUGGGAACACAACAUCAGCUACAAGUACUGAGCCAACACCCAACAAGAAAUGUAACAAUAAGACCACAACAUCAACAAGAGACACCAAGCUAACACAAAAUGAGAAACAUAAUGAUGAGAACCCAACAUCAAAAGGAAAUAGUGAGUCAACACCAAAUACAAAAAGUAAUGAAGAAAACACUACAUCGGCUACAUGUACUGAACAAACAUCCAAUGAGAAAAGUAACGAUGGGAACACUACAUCAGCUACAAGUACUGAGCCAACUCCAAACAAACAUAACAAUGAGAACCCAACAUCAAGUGGAAAUAGCGAGCCAACACUAGAUAAGAAACAUAAUGACCAGAGCACGACAUCAAUCCGAAGUACUGAGACAACACCACAAAAGAAACCCAAUAAUGGAAAAACAACAUCAGCUACAAGUACUGAGCCCACACCAGAUAAGAAAUGUAAUGAUAAGACCACAAUAUCAACUAGAGGCACCGAGCUAACACAAAAUGAGAAAGGUAAUGAUGAGAACCUAUCAUCAAAAGGAAAUAGCGAUCCAACACCAAAUAAGAAAAGCCAAGAUAGGAGACCAGCCUCAGGUGGAAGUGUUGAGCCAACGCCAAACAAGAAAUGUAGCCAUGGGAAUAAAACAUCAACCAGAAGUACUGAUCCCACAGCAAAUAGUAAACCCAGUGCUGGGAAAGCAACAUCAGCCUCAAUUACUAAACCAACACCAAAUAAGAAACCCAAUGAUGUGAAAAUAACAUCAACUACAAGUACUAAGUCAACACAAAAUAGGAAACGUAAUGAUAGGAGCACAACAUCAACCAGAAGUAAUGAAUUAACACCAAAUAAGAGACCAAGCAAUGGAAGCACAAUGUCUACAAGAAGCAAGGAGUCAUCACGUAAGAGACAAAACGAUGGGGGCGCAACAUCAAAUGGAAGUACUGACCCAACACCAAAUAAGAAAUGUAAGGAUAAGAAUACAACAUCAACCAGAAGUACAGAGCGAACACAACAUGAGAAAUGUAACAAUGAGAGCACAACAUCAAACGGAAGUACUAACCCACCACCAAAUCAGAAAGAUGGGAACACAUCAGGUGGAAGUAUCCAGGAUGAUGAUAACCCUUACAAGUGUGACAGAUGCGGUAAAGUGAUGACCAAUUUCAAAAACUACAAAUUUCAUAUGAAAUCCCACACUGUUGAAAAGACUUACAAAUGCGACACUUGUGGGAAAAUGUUCAGGGAGAGUUGGGAUUUAAAUAAACACAUAGUAAUUCACUCUGUGGAGAAGCCUUUCAAAUGCAAGGUUUGUGGAAAUGGAUUCAACCGGCGUUACAAUCUCGACCUGCAUCUUAGGGUUCACACUGGGGAAAAGCCAUACAAAUGCAACACCUGUGAUAAAAGCUUCAGCUCAUGUGUGAAUAUGAAGAAGCACAUGAGAAUUCACACAGGUGAGAAGCCCUACACCUGCAGCGACUGCGGAAAGGAGUUUGCAGAUUCUUCGUCUUUCAAAAAUCAUCUGCGAGUGCAUUCCGGGGAAAAGCCCUUUAAGUGUUCCUUUUGCAAGAAAAGAUUUGCUACCAUGACAACUUUGAAAAGGCACACCAGAACACACACAGGUGAAAAGCCAUAUAAGUGCACUGUGUGUGAGAAGUCGUUUGGUCAUAGAACAGACCUGAAAAGACACAUGAAGACACAUAGUGGGGAAAAACCUUACAAAUGCGGUACUUGUGGAGAACAGUUCUCCAGCUGGUUAAAACUCAACAAACACAAGAGUGUCCACACAAGUGAUGCACAAAGCUCCUCUGCUUAAAAACAUGUCUGCAUUUAAUACACCAUACUUUAGUGCAAUCAAUCAGAGAUUCAGGUGUGCUAGUUGCGACUAAUAAUGUAGCCCCGAGCCGCUAGCCUCAAGCAGAGACGAGGAGUGGACUACAGGCAUCUGGCAAGCUCGCUUCUUUCUAACUCCAAUCCCCAGAUUUUUUUUUAUUUUCAGUCUUGUCUUCAAAUCGGCUUGCUGUCCAAGUGACAUCACUUGAGACAAUUAAUGAGACUUCACGCAGCUCCUUCUGGAGCCACAAAAGGCUUUAUACAACUUUUUUCACACGCAGUAGUACUCCACAAAACCUGUAAACAAACUUUGAUUUGAAAAUCAGUGGAGUUCCUCUUUAGGUUUUCAUUUAACAUGUUUUGGUUUUUACUUCAUGGUCUUGAUUUGUAAAUAAAAUCGUAAUGCCUACCGGGUGUUCAGACUGACGAUGGAGCUACAUUUAAAAUCAACUUUUGUAGGCAGUGCUAAUGUCGGCCUGAACACGGCUUUAUCACCAGCUUUAGAUCUCAUGAUGGUGACUCAAAAUGAAUACUGUAUAUCACCAUGGUAACUUUGGGAGGUUUCAGUUUAAGCAAAUGCUCAAGUUGUUGUUGAUAAAUGUAUUUCAGUGUCUGGUAUUUACCAAACAUCUCAAUAGUGGGAAUCUUGUUGAAAAUAGAAAAACAGGGUGGUCUGCCUGCUUCUUAGAUCUGGAAGAAACUGUUGCCUUCUACCAGAGGCAGUCUUGGAUCUCAUUUUCUGCAGCUAUUUAAUAAUCUGUGAAAUAAAGACUGUUUUACAGAGAAAUUGUCAAAAACCUGUAAGUAUUUUUGAAGACUAAGAUUUUCGAAAAGCAUCUAGAAACUGGGAAGGACUCUGAUGGUGCAGAUCAUAGACCACAAAAUCAGUUCUGAAUCCCACAGUUUUGGGCCUUGGAAAGUUUCAUGAAUGUUUUUUUAAGUACACAGAAAUGGUUGAUGUAAUUAAAAUGUGUUAAUCCAACGCAUCAUUGUUUUAAUCAGCGUUCAUGUUAUUGAUUGCAAAUGAGGAAAAGAAACACUGCCUCUUUGUUGUCUAAAUGCCUUGACUUCUUGGUAACAAGUUUGUUUUUCAAAGUGUUUCUCUAAUCUACAGUACAGUUUUUUUCUGUAAAGCACACUAAGUGAAUGUAUUUUGAAUGUUUUCAUCAAUCUUUAAUAAAUUUAAUUAGCUUUUUUCCCUUAAA